AUGGCCUCAGAUAUAUUAACAGUUAUUUUUGUAACCGUAUUUUUAAUUUGUCGCGCAAACGUAAGUGUAAACGCCGAAAAAGCAUUCAUACAAGCUGAGUAUGAAAUCAUCAACGAUACCUCAUCCUUUCCAUGGCAGGACUUGCGCAAUGAAAUACAUCAGGGUGAUGCCGUCACCUACGAACUGGGCACGCCACAAUACCAAAUUUUGAACGCCGAUGAACCGAUAGAAAUCAUCACACCCGAUCAGCCCGGUUACUACGAGAGCCUUAAGCGUUAUGAAGCGGCAGCAAUGCAGCAUGCAGAAGAAUUCAGAAAUCAGAGUGAUUCGACAACAACACUGCCAGAAGACAUCGAGAAGGAAACGGUUAGCGAGAAACAAGUAAAACAGAUUGCAAAUGGGGAGGAGCAAAUUCGAUUUAUUAUACGGAAUUUGAAAGAAAAAAGCAAAAAUCCAAAAAUGUAUUUAGGUUCACCAAAUCAGUACCAACAAGAUGGCGCACCAGUUGAAACGAGCAAAAAGAAUAACGAAAUUAAGACUAAACAAUCAGGGGUUACUGAAACACCACUCUGGAACCAACAGUUUAACGACAAUUCGGAGGCACAAUCGAAAGGAAACGAAGGAGAGCGCGUUGCUUUGUCAAAAAGCGUCGAGAAAACCAAAAAAAACCAAAGUUUCUCUCUUAAAUCAAACGUCACGAAAGAAUUAGUAAAAUCUUUGGAGGAAAGCACGUUUAUGCCAAACACAGAAACCAUUCAUAUCAGUAAUUCCAGCAACACUGUGUUACCGUCAAAGUUUCUCACAGAGUCGUCACUAACAGAAACUAUAUCGGCUACGGAUAUACCACCGGAAACUCCACUCCAAUUACCGCCUACGUUACUUAAAUAUGAUACUCCACCCACUGAGGAGACUUCAGCACCUCUAAAGCAAAAUCUAAAAGAAAUCUAUGCGACUGAUAUGAGCUCGUACGCGCCCGUAUAUAAAGUUCCACCACACAUUAGAGAUUUCGAGUAUUUGUAUCGCUCAGCGUUGGGUAUAAGAUAGACCAAAAAUAUUAUAUAUUUACAUAUCUGAGUACCAAGCAUAUGAGUAUUAUUUAAUUAAUAAAUGUAUAUUUACAAAUUUUGAAAUAUUUUUUUUUAUUUAA